UGUUUUGUACACUCAGAGUAUAUGACUUUAUAAAGCCAAAAACCUAAUGGUAUUUUCUCUCCCAGGUGUCUCCAGAAUAUGCCCUCAGGACGGCAGCGCUAUGACCUUGAACCUGAACUCGUCCAGCUCUUCCCCCUCUGUAGACCCCAGUAUGUACCUGAACAACAGCUCCCCAGGGUUGAGGGUCUACGCCGACAACGCCAUCCUGGGCCUGGGCCUUGUGCUGGACAACGACUCCAUUACCAGGGACCUCACCAACCUGACCAGCCUGUCCAACGCCUCCCUCCUUGACCCCACGGUGACCUAUGACCCUCUGGGAGGUCACACCAUCUGGCAGGUCAUCCUGAUCGUGUUCCUCACCGGGUCUCUGUCUCUGGUCACCGUCGUAGGAAACAUCCUGGUGCUCAUCUCCUUCAAGGUGAACAAGCAGCUGAAGACGGUGAAUAACUACUAUCUCCUCAGUCUGGCCUUCGCUGACCUCAUCAUCGGGACUCUUUCCAUGAACCUCUACACUACCUACAUUAUCAUGGACCAAUGGGCUUUAGGGAACUGGGCGUGCGACCUGUGGUUGGCUAUCGACUACGUGGCGAGCAACGCCUCCGUCAUGAACCUGCUGGUGAUCAGCUUCGACCGCUACUUCUCCAUAACUCGACCUCUGACUUACCGGGCCAAGAGGACCACCAAGAGAGCUCUGACUAUGAUCAGCAUGGCCUGGUCCGUGUCCUUCGUCCUGUGGGCCCCGGCUAUACUCUUCUGGCAGUAUAUCGUAGGGGAGCGCACUGUGCCUCGUGGAGAAUGCUUUAUCCAGUUUCUCUCAGAGCCUAUUAUCACAUUCUGCACGGCCAUCGCUGCCUUCUACCUGCCGUUCACCAUCAUGACGGUUCUCUACUGGAGGAUCUACAGAGAGACAGAGAACAGGCAGAAGGACCUGGCGGGGUUGAGGGGGUCGGGGGCAGGGAACAAGGCGGGCCAGGGGGGUAGCCAGAAGGAGGAGGAGGAGGAGAAGAAGGAGGAGGCCCAGGAAGAGGAGGCUCCCAUGGUGCCCAAAACAGGAAGCUCCAGGAGCUGCAGCAGUUACGAGCUUAACCAGGCCGGUCAGAAAGACUCUGGAGCCAAGAAGACCAGAGGGUGCUUCCGGUUCUGGCCGCUGAGUAGGUGGUCCAAGAAGAAGACAGUCACAGUGAGAGGAGAGCCGGAACACAGCAGCUCCGAUAGCUGGAACAACAACGAUGGGGGUGGGGCCUCCAUGGACCAAUCAGACUCUGAGGACGAGGAGGGGGCGACGGAGUCAAGCCGAGCUAUCUAUUCCAUCGUGGUCAACCUGCCGGGGAUAAACUCCGCCCCUGGUAACAACCCUAACAAUGACCCCCAGCUGACAUCUCCUGAGGACCAGGAUGCUACGAAGGACCCUCUCCGGCCACAAGUGGGCGAUAAUAAGGACAAGAAGACAUCCUCUAAUACCAGAAGGGAGAAAGACAAGGAAGACAACAGCUACCACCAACGCUCCUUCUCUAAAACCCCCGUCACUUCCUCGUCUUCCAUCCAGACCUCCACCAAGAGCCACCAAACAGGGGAUGUGUCGUCCACCUCCAAGUCCCCCUCCUCGGCCCCCAUCUCCUUGAAGGAUGCAGCCAUGGCCAAGCGCUUCGCCUCCAAAGCCAAGACCCAGAUCACCAAGCGUAAGAAGCAGAGUGUAGUCAAGGAGAAGAAAGAGAAGAAGGCCGCCCAGACUCUCAGUGCCAUCCUGCUGGCUUUCAUCAUAACCUGGACUCCCUAUAACAUUAUGGUGUUGGUCAACACCUUCUGUACUGGCUGCAUCCCUGAGGCUCUGUGGGCUCUGGGCUAUUGGCUGUGUUACGUCAACAGCACCAUCAACCCCAUGUGUUACGCCAUGUGCAACCUCACCUUCAGGAACACCUUCAAGAUGAUUCUACUCUGCCGCUGGCAGGACAUCAACAAACGCAACAAGCCUCAGUUCCAGCAGAGGCAGACGGUCGUCGCCUUCCGCAAGAAGGAGCCCUUGUAGGUGUAAUCUACUG